CUUUUAUUCCGCUGUCAAAUGGUAAUGAAAAAUUGGGAAGAGAGCGUGAAGAACAGUGAAAACCGGUGAAAAAGUAGUUUUUCCCACAUUUGGACUUAUCUAUUCAGUGCAGCAAAUAUGCAGCUGUAUCUGAACUAUUGAAAUAAGAUGUCAAAUAGUGCAAAGUUUCCUGCAUCGGUCGAGCUUCCAAAAGACAAAAACAAACACACUGCUUCGCAGCAAGCUGCCAUCAUACAAAAGUUUCUGGGCAGUGUCAACAGAGACAUUACAAAGACGGGCAAUCCAUCGGCUUUGGAAGAUGCUGCAGCGGAGGUUUUAGAGAAGAGACGCGACGAACUGAAGAAACAACUGAAAAUGGAGUCGCAGGUGAAGAAGUCGUCCAAGGAGAUCCUCAAGAAACACAAGAAGAUACCACGCCCCUCCUCCACGUCCUCGGACAGCAGCAGCAGCUCUGACAGUGGCUCCAGCAGCGGUCGGAAGAAUUCUAGCAGCGAUGACUCCUCCACAUCGUCCAGUUCCUCUUCCCGGGAGUCACGGAAGAUGCUGAAGGGUGGAAAGAGGCGGAGGACGUCCAGCAGCUCAUCGAAUGAUCAUCCACCGUUGAAGAAGAAACUCACAGGGCGGAAGCAUGGAUCGCACAAGAAAUCUGUAGUGAAGAUUCACGCGAAGAAAGUCUCUUCGAAGGGCCGAAGCUCCCGGGCGUUGACUCCAAUCUCUGUGGGCAGGAAGCGGAGUAUAUCACCGCAGUCGAAGGGUAGCCAGAAGGCGUUGCCCAAGCAAAAGUCUGUGGGAAAGGAGAAGCACCAUUCGGGUCUAGUAAAGGAGCGCUCUCGCGAUACGAAAGAUCGGGAACUUCAUCGUGAGAAGGAGAAGAUGAGACAUCAUGGAAAGGAGCGUGUGAGGAGUAGAAGCCCAGUCAAGUCGCGCAGAAGUCCUCAAAGAUCUCGAGAACCGAAGCGCAAGAGUCACGAGAAGCGAUUGAGUCCAUCAAAAAUGAGAACUGCUCUUCGACGCGACCGCAGUCCUGAGAGGGCAGCGAAAGUGCCGCUGAAGGACGCUUCUCGACGGCAUGAAUCGUCGAUAAUGCUGAAAGAGCGCGAGAGGCGGGAUAAGGAGCGUGCUGAUAGAGAAGCGGCGCGGAAUAAGGAGAGAGCUGAGGCUCUGGCUCGGUGUCAGGAGCGACAGCGCGAGAGGGAGCGCCUGGCGAAGGAGAAGGAGUUGGCGGACAGGGACAAGGGAGAUCGGAGCAAGAUUGUGGACCGCUUGCUGCCCAGGCCGGCAGAGAGAGCGAUGGCUCUGGCUGCGAGUCGCGGAGAGGGUCACGAUAAGGUGGAGCGUGACCGCACGCGUUCGCACAGCAGAAGCAAUGUUCGCGGAGGAGAGUUUGCUGAGCGCAGGUAUCACGAUUCUCCCACUCUGAGGAGAGAUCGUGAAGAGCGGCAUGGCGAGAGGGGACGUGAGCAUGAGUAUGUGUUGAUGAGGAAUCGGCCGGACGCCAGGGGUUCCUUGACGUAUGACAGCUCCAGGAGAGGCGGUCGAGAUGAGCAUGAAGUGUACGGGGAGGUGCCAAUGGAGCCUCGCUAUGAGACUCACGAGGAUCGACACUUGACUCACGAUUACACGUCCAGCCGUGCCCAAUACGGGAGUGAGCGAAUCCACAGAGAGCACGAGUGGGAGCGCGGCAUGGAGCAGGGACGAGAGAGGAUGUACGAUCGAACUGCUGGACAGAGUGAGUGGGAGCGUAGUGACAUGACAAUGGCUCGAGGCAAUGAUCUGUACACUGAGAGUGGCGAAUGGAAGGUGACUGAGCGACAGUGGGAUGAGAAUGGCAGUGGAAAGCCGGCGGGGAAUUGGCAAGGUGGCCUGAAGGAUGACUCAUGGGAGGCUGGCUAUCAGGAGCGCGACACGUGGAUGGAUCGCCACAGAGAGGUGAACGACGGCGGCAGAAGGUGGCAGCCGAGGAGAUCCGGGCAUCCGAUAAUGUCUACAGGAGAUGGCGAUGCCAGGCCUGAGCCAUAUCGACGCGCGGGAAUGCCGCACGCUCAUGCUCCUCAUGUGUCUCACAUGCAAGGAGAGCAUAUGAAUUCAAUGCCUGGAAACACGUCAGGGGUUUAUCAUCACAAUCAAGGAAUGCGUCAUAUUCAACCACAAUUGUCUGGAUCGUCCGAUAUGAGUGUGCCGAUGGGGGUUAAAGAGUAUGGAAACCAGUCUUCCUACCCAGCAAGUACAGUCAUGGCUCAGACUCCGCAGAAGCGCCCAAUGAUGACUGGAAUGUCGGAUUCGAGUGCACCGCCGCAGGAUUUGACAGCGCGAAAGGCAGUGAAGACACCAAACACGUCUGAAGAAGUGAUUGAGGACGAUUUGAGCGAGAUAAGCGACGAUGCAGAUGAAAUAUUGAACAGUGUGGAAAUCAGUGUGCAGAAUUUAGCAGUGGCUCAGCCAGAUCACAGUUUAUACUCAACAUUCAUCCAUAAAGCCGAUAGUGACUUAGAAAAUGCCAGUAAACAGAAAGACGAUGGUGUUGCUGAGGUGGAAGGGGUGGAUGAUAAGAAGCAGAGCGAAGGUGUAAAGACUUCGCUGGAGGCUGUCGACGAGGUGAAGGAUGAAAUGGGUGAGAAAAGCAUGAAGGACAUGCAGGAUGACUUCAAUUUGGGAUUUGAGGAGAUAUCCGAUGGGGAGCUGGAGGAGGAGGCUCGUGUGAAGGGACUGGGAGAUGCUCUGGGCGUGGAUUGGACUAGCUUGGUGACGGAGAGUCGAGCGCGAGACCAGGCAAAUCGCAGUGAGGCAACUUCAAUGCGGCAGAAGUGGAAGCAUCAUCAGGUGCUGCUGAAUUUGGGCAUUUCCGUGCGAUUGGCUGGGGAGGAAUUUACCAGAGAACUGCUGAAGCGCGCUAGACAGUCUGCGAGGGAGGAUAAACAGAUGAAGAAUGGUGAAGUGGUUGCCGAACAUGAGGCAGUGGAGAAGGAGGAGGAAAUCGCGAUGCCGCAUCGUGUGGCGGAUGUUCAAGUGGCGCAGAGGAAGGCCACUGAGCGCAGAGCUCGUCUGAUAUCACAAACAUCGGGAUGCUUCAGUCGGGCUCUCAAUGCGCGCAGGGACUUGCAAGUUCGCAGACAAUUGUGUGGCUUUCCCAUACAAGAGGUCCAUUAUUGCUCUGUGAGUCCUGAAUUGAAUAAUCUCGCCGUGCAACUGUUCAAGAAGGCGACAUCCCUCACUAUGUAAAACACAUUGGGUACAAUAUCAUGCUCCUCUAUUCGUGGUAAGUGAAUAGUUCUUAUCUCUACUGAAAUUACAUCCAAUUCAUUGCGUGUAUUGGAUGAAGAUUAAAGUAAAUGGAAAAGUACUGGCCAACCGGCUUCAUAGAACAAUAAAUAUCUGUCAUUCUGCA